AUGUCCGCUGCUGAAUACUACAAGGGAACUCAUAACUCGCAACCUCAUUAUUCGAGCCCCGGGGGCCCUCCACCGGGCCAUCAAGUUGACAAUAGAGGUUUUUUUAACUCGAAUCAGCAACAGCAGCCACAACAGGCGUAUUAUGGUCACCAACAACAACAAUACUAUGCAAACCCUCCUCCGAACUACAAUCAGCAGCAGCAUUACUACCCUCAGCAACAACAGCAGCCGGGUUAUUACAACCAACAGCAACCUGUUUACGUGCAGCAAAAGCCUCCCACCAACAAUAAUGCAGACUGCCUAACGGCGUGUCUCGCUGGUAUGUGUCUAUGCUGCACAUUAGAUCUUCUAUUUUAA